AUGCGUGCUGGAACGGCGGCCCGCGUGCCUCUGAGACGGCCGGCACCAGGCGAAUGCUCCCGCGAGUCCAAUCCUGCCUCCUUCUGCGCGGUCCUGCGCGGUCCUACCCGGUCCUGCUCGGUCCUGCCUCCUUCUGCGCUGUCCUGCCCGGUCCUGCCCGGUCCUGCCCGAUCCUGCGCGGUCCUGCGCGGUCCUGCGCGGUCCAGCCCGGUCCUGCGCGGUCCUGCGCGGUCCUGCGCGGUCCAGCCCGGUCCUGCGCGGUCCUGCCCGGUGCUGCGCGGUCCUGCGCGGUCCUGCACGGUGCUGUGUGAAUGGGGCAGUCCCGUGGCCCGCGCGGUCCUGUGUGAAUGGGGCAGUCCUGCCCGGUCCUGCGCGGUGCUGCCCGGUGCUGCGCGGUCCUGUGUGAAUGGGGCAGUCCCGUGGCCUGCGCGGUCCUGCGCGGUGCUGUGUGAAUGGGGCAGUCCCGUGGCCUGCGCGGUCCUGCGCGGUGCUGCGCGGUCCUGUGUGAAUGGGGCAGUCCCGUGGCCUGCGCGGUCCUGCGCGGUGCUGUGUGAAUGGGGCAGUCCCGUGGCCCGCGCGGUCCUGUGUGAAUGGGGCAGUCCCGUGGCCUGCGCGGUCCUGUGUGAAUGGGGCAGUCCCGUGGCCUGCGCGGUCCUGCGCGGUCCUGCGCGUACCGCGGUGGUCCUGCGGGGGCGCUGUGCUUUAAAGCCCGUGGUCUCUCAGACUCUUUUGGCUAACUCCGGCGGAGCCCUGUGUUGUCUAACUCCGGCGGAGCCCUGUGUUGUGUUGUCUAACUCCGGCGGAGCCCUGUGUUGUCUAACUCCGGCGGAGCUCUGUGUUGUGUUGUAUAACUCCGGCGGAGCCCUGUGUUGUAUAACUCCGGCGGAGCCCUAUAACUCCGGCGGAGCCCUGUGUUGUGUAACUCCGGCGGAGCCCUGUAACUCCGGCGGAGCCCUGUGUUGUGUAACUCCGGCGGAGCCCUGUAACUCCGGCGGAGCCCUGUGUUGUGUAACUCCGGCGGAGCCCUGUAACUCCGGCGGAGCCCUGUGUUGUGUAACUCCGGCGGAGCCCUGUAACUCCGGCGGAGCCCUGUGUUGUGUAACUCCGGCGGAGCCCUGUAACUCCGGCAGACUGUCGCGCCCACAGCGCCCCCUGUCGGCCCGGGUGGCCCGGAAUGCCCCGGCCACGAAGGGGUACCAUGUGACCCGGAGCCAAUCCCAGCAUGCUCCGGGGCCGUGCCACUGCGGGCCGGAGGACCUGGACCUGCCGCCCCUCCACCCGCAGGACUACGCGGGUCACGGGAACCACGGCAACCACGCCUACUACCCCGCCGUGGCGACGCCCCACGAGCUGGCCGCCCGCCGCGUGCCCUCCUACGGCGGGGGCACCUUCCCCCGCGCGCACCCGGGGCCCCACCAGCUGUACGACGGCAGCCCGGGGCCCCCCGGCGCGCACUACGGGGCCCACCACACCCCCAGGAAGGCCCCGCGCGGGGGGCAGGGCGAGCAGCAGCUGGAGGGGUUCCACACGCUGCAGUACCAGCGCGUGGCCAGCGGGGGGCAGCAGAGCGAGCGGCCGGAGAGCCCCAGCGGGAUCCGGCAGCUGGUGCAGUCGGUGCAGCGGCUGUUCGCCAAGUCGCACUCGCUGGAGGGGGCCGGCAAGCGCGAGGCCGCCGGCGCCAGCGCCAACGGAGGGGGGGGCCACGCCGCCAGGAACCCCGCCCCUCGGAGUAACCCCGCCCCGCACAACCGAGGCGGCCACCGCCGCAGCAAGAGCCACGACCGCGCCAAGAGCCGCGACGCCCGCCACCGCUCCCGCAACGCCGGCUGGUGGAGCUCCGACGACAACCUGGACAGUGACAGCGGGUGCCACCCGGCCAGCAGGGGGCGCCACACCCUGGAGGGGGCCAUCCAGGACCUGACCCUGCGGGGCCUGAGGGCCACGGGGGGGCCCCCGGGGGACUGCAUGAGCUGCUCCGGGGACCCGCAGCACGCCCUGAAGAUGAAGGCCUGGGUCGCCAUGGCCAACAGCCAGGCGCGCGAGGGCUGCCCCGCCCACAGCAAGGCCCUCGUACCGCUGGAGCCCAAAGGGAAGGAGCACAGCCUGCACUACCUGCAGGUCCCCUCGGAGGAGGUGUUCGUGGUCGGGGGCGGCGUCUCGGAGGGGGGGGCGGAGAUCCCGUGCCGGCGCAUGAGGAGCGGGAGCUACAUCCGGGCCAUGGGGGACGACGAGAGCGUGGAGGUGCACGAGCCAGGCGCCGCCACGCCCCGGAACGGCACCGCCCACCGGAACACCGCCCCGCCCAGGAACGCCCUGCGGACCCAGAGAGAGGCCCUGCGCCGAUCCGUCAGCAUGGACCAGAGGCCCCCCAAGUACUCGUGUAAGCAGUGUGCCAACACCUACGCCAACAGCCGCACCAUGCCCAGGAAUCACAGCUGCAUGCACAUGCAGCGGGGCGAGUCGCUGACGGAGUCGGUGUUCGGCGACUUCGGGGAGUCCCAGGCGGUCAGCGCCCUCGACCUGCCCGGAAGCUUCCGCGCCCGCAGCCAGAGCUACGUGCGCGCCAUCCAAGCCGGCGUCUCCCAGGACGACGACUGCCUGCCCGUCUUCUCCCUGUCCGGCCCCCAGGGAGGGGGCAAGGGAGGCGCAGUGUUCCCGAACAGGAGGAAGCUGGCCCCCCCGCUCCCCCCGCGGAUGACGCGGCGGUCGGUGACGGCCCAGAGCAGCUCUGACUCCACGCAGGAGGCGUACCUCCAGAGCACGGGGCAGCCGGCCCUGCGGCGGCCCCGCAUCCACAGCACCUCGCUGGACGGCUCGGACGGCUGCCUGGGCCGCCCGUCCUCCAGGUCCGGCUACCAGCAGGGCCCGGGGUCCGAGGGCCGGCGCCGGCCGCCCUACCAGCACAGCAACUCCGUGGAGAGUCUGGACGGCCGCCGCGCCCUGGGCGGGUCCAUGAGGCCGCGGCACAGCAGCUCGGCCGACAACCUGCUGGAGGGCCUGGGCCUGGGCCUGGGCCUGGGCCUGGGCGGGACGGGGGCCGGGCCCGCGGUCCGGGUGGCCACGCUGGGGAAGUCCGUCUCCCUGCCGCACAACGGGAAGAGCGUGAGGGUGCAGGAGGAGUGCGUGCAGGAUGCGCACGGGCGCAGGUGGAGGCCCGCCAUCGCGGGGCAGGUGGAAAAUCUCAGCUCAGAGACGUUCUCUGAUUCAGACCCGGAGGGUAAGGCACUCAGGGCGAUGCAGGCCAUCGGGGUGCAGAUGGAAGACAACAAGAGACGCGCGCGGUUCAGGCGUUCCUGCAGUGUGAUGUCAGGGAUGCCGUCGAGCUCAGAGAGGGAGGAGCUCCAGGGGAGGGGCGUGGCCUCCCAGUACUCCACCUCCUCCUUUCAGCGCCACGCCUCCGAGCCGGAGGAGACGCGCACGGUCCACACGCAGGGCCAGUGGGUUUACCGUGACAACUAUCACCAUGCCAACGACCCCGGCCACGCCCCCAGCCACGGCAGAGCCACGCCCACCAGCCACACCCCCAAUCACGGGCGGGCCACGCCCACCAGCCACACCCCCAAUCACGGGCGGGCCACGCCCACCAGCCACACCCCCAAUCACGGGCGGGCCACGCCCACCAGCCACACCCCCAAUCACGGGCGGGCCACGCCCACCAGCCACACCCCCAAUCACGGGCGAGCAACACCCACCAGCCACACCCCCAGCCAUGGAAGAGCCACGCCCACCAGCCACACCCCCAAUCACGGCAGAGCCACGCCCUCUGGCCCCGCCCCCAAUCACGGCAGAGCCACGCCCUCUGGCCCCGCCCCCCAGAGCCGGCCCGCCUCCGCUCGCUCUCGGCCCAUCCCCCGCGACGCAGAGUUCUUCCUGCGCCUCCUCCACGCGGAGGUGGAGAGGAUAGAGGGAUGGUGCCAGCACUUCCAGAGAGAGGCGGAGGAGAACGACCUGCCCGAGGAGGCGUUGGCAGGGAUCCGUAGUGCGGUGGCCAGUGCUCAGGCCUUAUUGGCUCAGAAAGCCCAGCAGUUCUUCCUGCUCUGCCAGCACAGCCUGGACCCCUCGGCACACCCCCAGCCCAGCCCCCAGGACCUGGCCGAGUUGUGGGACCUCCUGCAGCUGGCUGUGGAGGAGGUGCGCCUCAAAUUCCAGGACCUGCAGCGGCUCAAAGACUUGGGCUGGAGGCUGCUGCACCCAAAGGAGGAUAAGGGCCCCCCUCCCCCGUUACCAAAGAAGCCCAGCGGGGGUAUGGGUGGGGGCCGGGCCCGGGGCGGGGGCGGGGACGGGGGGGUGUCCCGCGAGCCCCCUCCCCUCCCGGAGAAGAUUUCGGCCCUGGGGGACCAGCAGACCCAGGACCCACAUGGCAGACUCCUGCAGGCCAAACACUCCUUCCGCCAGAACUCAGCCACAGAGAGCACUGACGGCAUGGAGAUCUACAUCCCAGAAGCACAGACCCGCUUCUGACCCACGUACACACGGAUACAAGCAUACACACACACAAACACACACACAGGGAUAUAAACACACACACACACUCACACACACAAACACACACAGGGAUAUAAACACACACACACACACACACACACACACUCAUACACACAGGGAUAUAAACACACACACACACACACACAGAUACAAACACCCUCUCCUGCUCACUGUGACGUCACAGAACCCCGUUGUGACGUCACAGAGCCCUCUAGCCCCUCCCGUUCACUGUGACAUUACAGAACCCUGCUGUGACAUCAUAGAGCCUAAUAGGAGUCAGAUUCUGCCAGGACACUCAACCACAACACUUAAAAAAAAGAAUUCUAUCAUAAUUUGGCACUCAACAUGGGGGAUGUAUAUAUCCAAUUCCCACCCGUAAUUUGGAAUGUCCAGUUAAUCCCGACCCCUCGUGGAGUGACCUCCACUACAUGGGCAGAGUGCAGAUCCACGCGUUUCCACCGAGAAACCGUCGUUAUUACAUCAUCACUGCCCCUGCUGCCGUUCCAGCAGCAACCAACAGGGGGCAGCAUUGUCAACAACACGGGCCCAAUGUAGCACACAGCAGGGCAUGGUCACUAGACCUCCCGGGGGAGAGGCUAAAGGGUGGCAGGGAGUGGGGGAGGGGGGUCUUGUUUUUGGACGCAGGCUUGUCGCUUAAUGAAGGCUACGAAUCUGUUUUAUUGUGACAGUUUCACAUCCCAGAGAGGAGCCAAACAAGCCCUCCCCCCCCUCUGACGCACAAGCAAGACACUUCUUUCAGAUUUCUUUCUCACUGUUAGGUUUCACAAGUUUCUCUUUGAUGAAAAAUGCAGGGGAGAGAUGCCAGUCGUUGCUUUUUCAAGCUGUUCUGGCAGGGAGAACUUCAGAGAUCCGCGCUUGAAAUCCCUCUCCCUCUCGCUCUCCCUCUCCUGGUCUCUGUUGCCAAUUCCUUCUCUUUUUUUUUUUUCCCCCCCCACAACAAAAGCUGGUGAUGUUUCAUACACCGGCGGCGUGUGAGCAGAGAUCAUUCGGAAGCCGGCGUGUUUUCUGUGUCAGUAAACGAUGGGUGGUGUAUGUAUAUACUGACUUGCUCGCCAUUAUUUUACCGUACCAACACGUGCCGUAACGGGGGCCGUCGGUGUCUCUACUGCC